GGGGACGCUGGACAAGCCCAGAGACGCCGCUCCAGCCACUCCCUACGCCCGGCGGACCCUGCACUCUCAAGUCCAUCCAGAGCUCCAUUCAAAGUGCUGAGAUCCAGAUGAGAGCCACGUUCAGCCUCAUCCAGCACAGCAGACACGAGUUAAACUAAAAGACAGCCGGGAAGGGCUUCAGGAGCCACUCCAGACUCUGGGAAAUCACCUCUGGGAUCCUACUUUUGUCCUCAGAGUGGAUUUAGGACGAGAGGGAGCAACUCUUUCAGAGAUAAAGAGGGGGGGACACCUGCAGCCAAAAUGGAGGUGAAGACGUCACUUCUAGACAACAUGAUUGGGGUUGGCGACAUGGUCCUCCUAGAACCCCUGUCUGAAGACUCGUUCAUUGAGAAUCUGAGGAACCGCUUCGACCACAAUGAGAUCUACACAUACAUUGGCAGUGUGGUGAUCUCCAUGAACCCCUACAGGUCCCUGCCCAUCUACACGCCAGACAAAGUGGAGGAGUAUCGCAACAGGAACUUCUAUGAACUUAGUCCACACAUCUAUGCUUUGGCAGAUGAGGCCUACCGAUCCCUGAGGGACCAGGACAAGGACCAGUGCAUCCUCAUCACAGGGGAGAGUGGGGCUGGGAAAACCGAGGCCAGUAAGCUGGUGAUGUCAUAUGUGGCAGCGGUGUGUGGGAAGGGCCAGGAGGUGAAUAAGGUCAAGGAACAGCUGCUGCAGUCCAAUCCCGUGCUGGAGGCCUUUGGAAAUGCCAAAACAGUGAGGAAUGACAACUCUUCCAGAUUUGGGAAGUACAUGGAUAUUGAGUUUGACUUCAAAGGAGAUCCUCUGGGAGGAGUCAUCAGCAACUAUUUGCUGGAGAAGUCACGUGUGGUCAAACAGCCAAGGGGAGAGAGGAACUUCCACGUCUUUUAUCAGCUUUUGUCCGGAGCCUCUGAUGACACACUCAAGAAGCUGAAGCUGGAUCGUGACUUCAGCAAGUACAACUACCUGAGCCUGGAUUCUGCUGCGGUCAAUGGGCUGGAUGAUGCGGCUAACUUCAGGACAGUCAGGAAUGCCAUGCAGAUCGUGGGCUUCAUGGAGGACGAGGUGCAGUCGGUGCUGGAGCUGGUGGCAGCCGUGCUGAAGCUCGGCAACAUUGAGUUCAAGCCGGAGUCGCGCUGUAACGGCACUGAUGAGAGCCGCAUCAAAGACAAAAAUGAUCUGAAAGAGAUGUGUGAGCUGCUGGGGAUCGAACAGUCAGUGCUGGAAAGAGCAUUCAGCUACCGCACAGUGGAGGCUAAGCUGGAAAAAGUGUCCACAACCCUGAACGUGGCUCAGGCCUACUAUGCCCGAGACGCCCUUGCCAAAAAUCUCUACAGUCGUCUGUUUAGCUGGCUAGUAACCAGGAUCAACGAAAGCAUUAAAGCACAAACUAAAGCUCGCCACAAGGUCAUGGGUGUGCUUGACAUCUAUGGCUUUGAGAUUUUUGAGGACAACAGCUUUGAGCAGUUUAUCAUCAACUACUGCAACGAGAAGCUGCAGCAGAUCUUCAUCGAGCUGACGCUGCGUGAGGAGCAGGAGGAAUAUGUCAGAGAGGGCAUCGAGUGGACCAACAUUGAGUAUUUCAACAACGCUAUUAUCUGUGACCUCAUUGAGAAUCACCAAAAUGGAAUCUUGGCCAUGUUGGACGAGGAGUGCCUGAGGCCGGGGACAGUCACCGAUGAGACCUUCCUGGACAAACUGAACACCAUCUGCGCUGAACACCAGCACUUUGAGAGUCGCCUCAGCAAGAAUUCAAAGUUCCUCACCGAUCACAGCCUGCCACACAACUGCUUCCGAAUCCAGCACUACGCCGGCAAGGUGCUGUACCGUGUUGAGGGCUUUGUAGACAAGAACAACGACUUGUUAUACAGGGACCUGUCGCAGGCCAUGUACAAGGCCAACCACAGCCUCAUCAAACAGCUGUUCCCCGAGGGCAACCCCGCCAAAGUCAACCUGAAGAGACCACCGACCGCUGGAUUCCAGUUCAAAGCAUCAGUGGGGACGCUGAUGAAGAACCUGCUGACCAAGAACCCAAACUACAUCCGGUGCAUCAAGCCCAAUGACAAGAAGGCCUCCCACAUCUUCACCGACUCUCUAGUCUGCCAUCAGGUGCGCUACCUGGGCCUGAUGGAGAACGUCCGCGUGAGGAGAGCAGGCUACGCCUUCCGCCAGGCCUACGAGCCAUGCCUGGAACGCUACAAAAUGCUGUGCAAACGGACCUGGCCCCAUUGGAGAGGGCCUGCCAGGGAAGGAGUGGAGGUGCUGAUGGCCGACCUCCAGGUCCCAGCUGAGGAGUUUUCCUAUGGCCGCUCAAAGAUCUUCAUCAGGAACCCAAGAACGCUCUUCUUCUUGGAGGAGAGGAGGAGGCAAUGCCUGCAAGACCUGGCCACUCUCAUUCAGAAGAUCUACCGUGGCUGGAAGUGUCGCAGCCACUUCCUGCUGCUGAAAAAGAGUCAGAUAGUGGUGGCGGCGUGGUACCGCCGAUAUGCGCAACAAAAGAAAUACCAGCAGAUCAAGAGCGCCACCACUGUGGUGCAGUCCUACACCAGAGGAUGGCAGGCCCGGAAACUCCUGAGAGAGCUGAAAUAUCAGAAGAGAUGUGAAGAGGCAGUGACCACCAUUGCGGCCUUCUGGCACGGCACCCAGGCUCGGAUGGAGCUGAGACGUCUAAAACAAGAAGCGCGGAAUAAACACGCUGUGACAGUAAUUUGGGCAUACUGGCAGGGAACCAAGGCCCGGAGAGAGCUGCGUCAGCUGAAGGAGGAGGCGAGGAAUAAACAUGCCGUAUCGGUCAUUUGGGCCGGCUGGCAGGGCACCAAGGCUCGCAGGGAGCUGAGGAGACUGAAGGAAGAGGCCAGGCGUAAGCAUGCUGUCGCUGUGAUUUGGGCCUACUGGCAGGGACUCAAGGUCCGCAGAGAGUACAGAAAAUUCUUCAGGGCAAAUGCAGGCAAGAAGAUCUAUGACUUCACCAUCCAGAGAAUUAUGCAAAAAUACUUCCUGGGCCUGAAGAGCACCAUGCCCUCCAUGUCACCCAUAGACAAGAGCUGGCCCACCAGGCCUUACCUCUUUCUGGAUGGAGUUCACACAGAACUGAGGAGAAUCUUCCAUCUCUGGAGGUGCAAGAAAUACAGGAGCCAAUUCACAGAGGAGAAGAAGGCCAUUUUUGAGGAGAAGCUGGAGGCCAGUGAGAUCUUCAAGGAUAAGAAGGCCCUUUACCCAAGCAGUGUGAGCCAGCCCUUCAAAGGAGACUACCUGGAGAUAACCAAGAACCCCAAAUAUCAGAAACUCAGCAGUGCUGUGGAUGAGAAGGUUCUGCUGGCGGACGUGGUCAACAAGAUUAACAGGGCCAAUGGCAAGGGUACAGCUCGAAUCUUCCUGCUGACUAAGAAGAACUUCCUCCUUGCUGACCAGAAGACAGGCCAGGUGAAGGCCACUGUUCCCCUGCCAGACCUCACCAGUGUGUCAGUCAGCACACAGAGCGACGGCUUCUUUGCUCUCAAACUCAAAGAGGGCUCAGCCUCAGCUGUCAAAGGAGAUUUCUUACUCAGCAGUGAACAUCUGAUCGAGAUCAUCACUAAACUCCAUCGUACUGGGGCCACAUCUGCAGACAGCGAGCAGCUCAACAUCGACAUCUCAGACGAGUUUUUAGUGCAGUUCAAGCACGACAAAGUAUGCGUGAAGUUCGUCCAGGGAGCCCCCAAGAACGGCAACAGUGUGUCCUGCAAGCGCAAGAACAACCGCCUGCUGGAGGUGUCGGUGCCCGCAACAGCGUAGUGCAGCUCCCUCGCCAGACUGAAGGGGGGCGCGAUUAAACACCGAAACCACCAUCCACUCCAAAACCGCUGGUCUCAAGAACCAUCACCCCAGUGCCCACCCUGAGCCCAAAAAUGACAGUGCAGUUAUUUGGCUUGUUGUGUUGUUGUUUCUCCUUCCUUCUUAUCGGAUUUACUAUGGCACCACUUUAGCUGUAACCAUGUGCCACCUUUUUUUGGCAAAGAAAGCCCUUAUCUGGGUUACAUGCCACAGGAGUUUGGUAAAAUGUUUCACUGGUGUUUUGUAAAACUGGGGAUAAAGAGUUGGAGAUAGAUGUAAAAAAAAAAAAAAUGUCUUGGUGGGGCACAAGAGACUUCUGUAUACCAGUGGUGAUAAUGAUUGUUCUGCCUGUAUGUUGAAUUAGUCCUCAGAGAAAAUGUCAUGAAAACUUUAGUGACAAGCUUCAGCCUCAACUGGCCUUGACUCAUCUAUUUUUUAAACACCUCCUGCUUUAAGCAGACGGCUUAGAAUUUGAGAUGAACUAGGAACUUUUGGGCUCGGCCUGUCAGAUUUAGUUUCUCUGAAGAACUUUAAAUACUGCACUUGUUUUCGCCUCGGUGUAACCAAAAGAGGAUGAGCUGAAUUUGAUUGUAUGUUGUUGUAUUUUCUAUAUAUCUGUUUUCUCUGAAACAAAAACAGUGGGCUGUUGAGAAGUCAAAUGUAAUUUGCUAGAUAAUUGUAAAACCACUUUUUUGUAUCCUCCUGUAUGUGCCAUUGAACAGGUCCCAUGACUUGUCACGUGUCGGUGUGCAAAAUACAAACAUAGAGAAACCAUGUAGGUGAUGGACCCUGUUCUUGACAACAUCCUUGCCAAAAAAAUGUUUGAAUAGGGGAUCUUUCAUAGGGGAAUUUCUUGUAAGUUUUGACAGCACUGCACAUGUGAUCAACCUCCAUUUCUUCUACAAGCACAGUAUAAUUUGUGAGCUUUAUUUCAUCUACAAAGAGUCAUUGUGAAUUAAAUUCAUAUCCCUAACUCAUAGAAUGUCAUGUAUGAAUCAAAGAAGAUCCUCUUGCUUUAUGAGGGACGCUAUAAAAGAUAGUGACAAAAGCAGAACGGAGAUCCCAGGAAACGUACCCUACCACGCGAAGUAAAGGCACCCACACCUUCCAUAAUGUCUUCACCAGAUUCAAAGUGUUCUCUGGUGCAAAACAAAACCCUUGAUCUUUUUUUUGUGUGCAAUAAAUAAAAUACUUUCCAACAAAACGGUAGUUUGAACCUACAGCGGCAGUCGCGCUCACUGUACUAUAAGCUGUACAUAGGCUGUGGCCCUGGCAUGGACAAAGGGUUUCUGUAGUAUCCUACUUUUUAUUGCUGUGUUUGUGAAAUAGCCAUUCUUGCCACUGCAGCUUGAGUUAUCGUAGUGCUUGUCCCACUCUGCCUAAUGUGUAUUUUUCAAGGGGAAAAACCAAAUAUUAAGCACAUGUGACCAUAGAGUCUUGAUGUAUCUGAAGCAAUCAACCAGUUACACCUUCUAGUACACCAAUGUACAAAUUUGGUACACACAUAUUUACACGCAAGCCAAAUUUGAUCGUCAAAGAAGUGAUAAGAGUGCUAUAUUUUCAGGUAUGUAGACUAUAAUCUUUAUUUAGAUGUACUGGUAGUGGGUUUUGUACUGUUGAUUUCUAAGCCAACCAGAUGUUUCUCUGGUGAUCGUGAGGGAAUAACACAGCCAAACUUGGUCUAGUCAUGUUCUGCAAUCCAGGGCACCUGGGUUUGUAUGUUUUUGUGUUUUUUUUAAUGUCACACAUGACACAGGGACUUUAAGAAAUUAGUUGUCACUGUCCCUCGCACGGGAACGAUCGAGCUGAAUGCCAGUUUUGAUGUAUUCUCUUCCUUGGCGCUGCAGAGUUUCAGUGCAGUUUUGCUAAGGUGACAUCUUCCUCCCCCUCCUCUCUGUUUUGUAUUUGAACAAUGGCUAGAGCUGCAAAAAUGAUGUCUGCAUUCUUGUGUGCCUAAUGUUAACUUGUGCUGAGAGAUACAACAUGGAAAUGUUUCAGUAGAACUCAGUGUAACAUUUACAAGUAAUCUUUUUUUUAAAUUAAAUAAAAAUCUGUAAUAAAUGU